AUGUUUUUUAUCGAUCAAUUAGAUAUUUUAUUACUACUAUUAUUUAUCGACAUUAUUUCUCGAUGUUAUGUUCGUACAUCUCCACACGGAGCUAGAAAGGGUGUUAAUGAAGCAUUGUCUAGUAGUAUACGUUCGUUAAAUCUCGAUAGCGAUACUGAAGAUGAUGUAAAUCAAUAUGGAAUUGCACGUCUAACUUUAUCAAAUCGACGUUUUAGUGAUGAUGAAGAAGAUCAAAGGCACAGUGAUGAUACGAGUAGUAGAAUAUCAUCUAAUUCACAUUUUUAUCGUCGACCACAUCGAUUUACAUUGAGUGGAUCGGAUAGCGAUGAUGAAUUAAGUUCUCUACGUGAUCAAAAAUUGAGAACAUCAGAAUUUGGUUCGGAUUCUUCAUUCACUGAUCAAUCGGAUAGUGACCGAAGUCGAUUUUUAUCUGAUCAUGGUAGUGAAGGUGAUGAUCAUAGGACUUUAGUUGGUUUUGAAUCACCCAUGGGACAGAAAGUUCCUGGUUAUAAUACACCAACACUUGCUGUCUUUGGUGAUCGUUCGAAAAUUUACAGUCAACAAUUUCAAGCUUCAAGUCCUGAAGAUCGUCAAGCAUCAAAACAAUUUGUUGUUGCUGACACUCCAAACUAUGAGUCUGUUUCUUUCGAUGAGUUUUUAUCACCGACAUCCAAUGGCCCACUGGGCUCUGGCCAAGUUGCUUCCUUAAACGAACUUUAUUAUUCUCCAAUCGGUGGUUUUAAUCUCGAUAAAAAUUUAUGGUCGGAAGUAGAUCGUCGUUAUAUAAAAAUAGCAAAACCUCCAUUAGUUCCAGGCAGUAAUCCUGUUGGUACUCUAUCAGUAGUUGGUCUUGAAAUACCAAAAAGAUUUCUUCAAGCUAAUGAAUUCGGUCGACAAAUUAAUAAUGAAGCGUUGAGCAACAUGAAAUGGAAAAAAACGUUCAUAUCUGGUAAUUCAGCAACUGUAUUCGGUAUUGAAUUGCACAGUAAAAAUUUCAUACUUAAAAUAACUAAACAUAAUUAUAUGAUGGAGGAUGACAUACCUCGAUGUGUUCAUAGAAAUGAUAUUAAAUCAUUGCACGCAUCUGACAAUGCAUGUAGUCAUAAACCUAAAAAUGGACUUAUUCAAAAAGCUUCAUGUUCAGCUGAUCCUAAUUUAGUGCCAUUUGAAUAUUAUAUUGCGGAGAAAAUUGCUCUUACAAAUGGUUUCAUGCCGGCUGCAGCGAGUAUUUCAAAUACAUUUGCCAAAGAUAUAAAUGAAUGGUACCUAAUAUUCGACGAAUUACCUGGUGUAUCACCAUUGAAAUAUGGUGAAAAUAUUUUAGAACGUCUUGCUAAACCAUUAAUUCGACAACAAUUAGAAGCAUUGGAACGAAUAGCUAAUUGUCAUAUAAUGCAUCUGUUUGUAUAUUGUAGUCUUUUAUUCUAUAAUAAAUUCAGUAAGCUUAAACUUAAUUUUAGUGAUGCUCAUUGGGGAAAUAUAUUGUAUUCUAAAGAACGUGGUAUUCAAUUAAUUGAUUUUGGUCUUGCUACCAUUGUCGAUCGAUUUGAAUUGCCUGAUCAUAAAGCGACAUUGAUUGUAACGGUUACUUUCGAUCGAUGUCUAGAUUGUCGAGCAUCGCAAUUGGGGCGUGAUUUUGAAAAAUUAAUUAAAAUUAAUUAUCCGAUUAAUGGCCGGACUCUACUUUCUCAUCCAUGGUUACAAUAUUGA